AUGAAUGAAAGCCUUAAUGACAACGAAACAAGUUUUUCACUUCCCUGGAUUCAGGCUGGUGACAUUAAUGCCACCCUGGAGCUAUCUGCCUUUUUCUCUGUGUUUACCAUCAACCCGUGGGAUAUUAUGUUAUGCAUCUCAGGGACCAUUAUUGCCUGCGAAAAUGCUAUUGUGGUGGCUAUCAUCUUCUACACGCCAACAUUAAGAACCCCUAUGUUUGUGCUAAUAGGGAGCUUGGCAACAGCCGAUCUCCUAGCAGGAUUUGGCUUAAUCUUAAAUUUUGUUUUUCAAUAUGUGAUUCAGUCAGAGACCAUAAGCCUUAUCACCGUUGGAUUUCUGGUUGCCUCCUUCACUGCUUCUGUAAGUAGUUUGCUAGCAAUCACUGUUGAUCGUUACCUCUCCUUGUACAAUGCACUGACUUACUCCUCAGAGAAGACAAUACUUUGGAUACACCUAAUGCUCAUUGUAACGUGGGGGGUGUCCAUAUGUCUAGGACUACUACCCGUCCUUGGUUGGAACUGUAUAGACGAUUACUCAUCAUGCAGCAUUGUCAAACCUUUGACCAAAACUAAUGUGACACUCUUAGCCACCUCUUUCUUUUUAAUAUUUAUUUUAAUGCUUCAUCUUUACAUCAAAAUUUGCAAAAUAGUGUGCAGACACGCUCACCAGAUAGCUCUACAACAACAUUUCCUGACAGCCUCUCAUUAUGUGGCAACCAAAAAAGGAGUAUCAACUUUGGCCAUUAUACUUGGAACUUUUGGGGCGAGUUGGUUGCCUUUUGCCAUUUACUGUGUGGUUGGGGACAUUGACUAUCCCGCAGUUUAUACGUAUGCCACACUUCUCCCUGCCACUUACAAUUCAAUGAUCAAUCCUAUUAUUUACGCAUUUAGAAACCAAGAAAUACAGAGAUCCAUGUGGGUCCUUUUCUGUGGCUGCUUUCAAUCCAAAGUGUCCUUUCGCUCCAGAUCACCAAGUGAUGUCUAA